AAAAAGCUCAAGGGAGGUAGCAAGAGUGAGAGAGAGAGAGAAGUAAAGGGGUGUGUCGUAGCAAUUUAGUUCCUCAAGGAAGUACAAGUGAGCAUUAUCUUGAGACAGUGGUGAACGUUGACAGACACGAAGCAGGAGGGCUCAGCUUUGGAGAUUUACGUACCUGCAGAAUAAGAUGAAGAAGGAGUAAACAGUUAACCGUGUUCGCGUACUGAUCUAGAAAUAUCUGGACAACAAGGAGGGAGGGGGACUCAUCUGAACAGGUCGCCAUGGAAACGUUCAGCUCCAAGGACAUGGCCAUGAGGGCUCAGAAGAAGAUCCUGAGCAGCAUGGCCACCAAGAGCUCGGUGCAGAUGUUCAUAGACGACACCACCAGUGAGAUCCUGGACGAGCUCUACCGCGUGUCCAAGGAAUACUCCGGAAACAAGACGGAGGCGCAGAAGGUGGUGAAGGACCUCAUCAAGAUCGCUGUGAAGAUCGGAGUCCUGUUUCGUAACAACCGGUUCACCCCCGAGGAGCUGAUCAUCGCCCAGGACUUCAAGAAGAAGCUGCACAUGGGAGCCAUGACGGCCAUCAGCUUCUACGAGGUGGACUUCACGUUCGACCAGGCGGUGAUGUCAGAGCUCCUGAGCAGCUGUAGGGACCUGCUCCUGAAGCUGGUGAACACCCACCUCACGCCCAAGUCCCACGGCCGCAUCAACCACGUCUUCAACCACUACUCCGACCCCCAACUGCUCAGCAAACUGUACGAGCCCAGCGGAGACUUCAGACCUCACCUCACCAAGAUCUGCAAAGGACUCAACAAGCUGGUGGAGGAAGGGACAAUAUGACCCACCACAAACAGGCUCAUAGGAAUAAUGAUGGUCGCUUUAACACUGGGAGAAACCUCUGGAAAGUCUCACCACUGCUGAGAAAUGACAUCUGGGGCUGGAAAUGGCAAAGACGCGUGGGAUUCACCAAUUUCAUUUUUUUUUUUUUUUUUUUUUGAGGUGAAAUUUGCCCUCGACCAAAGGACUACACUUGAACAUUUUGGUUCAUAGAUUCUGUGUUGUAUGAAUUUGUAUUUUUUCAUAACUACUGAUUUUUGUAAACCAGCUAAGCACAGACAUGACAGCAGUGGUGAUUUUAUGGUAAUACGGCACUGCCAUCUGGUGGAGAUAUACCAGAAUGCAACUUAAAAAUGCAAGGGCAGUGUUUGAAAAGUACAUUUCUAUGAGUGAUGAGUGAGGUGAAUGAUAAAACAACACAAGUCAGGACUGUGUUAGUUAUUUACAAAGCACAUACAUAUCUUUCUUUGACCAUAACCGAGCUUCUGUGACACGAAUGGAUGUGUUGCCAUGGUUUUAAAUAAGGGAAUAAAUAGGACUACAUAAUAUACUACAAUAAGAGCGAUCAUUUCACAAUGGCUCAUCUCAUGAAUCCCCACGAACAUAAUUAAAAUGUGAGAUACAAGUUACUGAGUCUCUCUAACAAAAAAUGUUUUAUCUAAUAUAUAUUUCAAUUUAGAAGAGUUUGCAGUUGGGAUCAAAAGGGACCAAAGCUCAAAAUGUUUUUUCCACAGAUUGCUAUUUAAAAUGGCAAUUCCCAAACUGUAAUUUCCAUUUUUGUUUUUUGUUUUUUUUUUUCAAGAAAAAAUUGCCUAGAAAAUCCAGAAUAACAUCUCUCUGCAUUUUUUUUAGACAAACUGAUAUCAGUCUGGUCCCCACUCCCUCCAUCUCCUUUUUUUUUUUUUUCAGUCUUCAGAAACAAAGGAGCUCAUUGGUCAUUUAUCAUUUACAAAUAAAAUCCAAGUUAUCUCACCUCAGAUGAACAGAGUUUAGUGCUUCGUUCAUUGAUUCUGCAGAAAUCUGACAUGUUUUUCGAUAUUCUGUCAUAUUUUAUGUCCUUUUUCCAAUAUGAAUGAACCACUUAUGUCCUUGAUCGGCUAAUCCACCUGUCAAUCAAACAGAGAGAUUCACCAGUGACCAGGAUUGAAAAGGAUUGGAAGAAGUGUGUAUUCUGGAUCCUAUAUGUCUAUAAUGUGUAACUAAAGGUGCACUAUGUAACGUUUAGUUGGAGCUCUGUCACUUUCUAUUACUUUACCUGGAAUGUUCCACAGUAUUAAACAGCUCCACCUUAUGUUUAUUCAAUUAUAGCUGGUUUUAUAGCUCAAAAAUACUUGGAAAAACAGGCAUUCCAGCUGUCAGCGGGAUCACCUCUAGACAGAACAGACCUGUAACUUGACCUGGUUUGAUCUCGAUGAAGAUAGAAAGGUUUAAUGCUAUACUGUGAACUAGGGCUGAGUAGCAUUAAGAAGUUUGCGAUACGAUACAUACUUCAAUACACAGCCCACGAUACAUAUCUCGAUGAAGUGAUCUUAUGAUUCGAUAUGAUAUAUUUCAGAUCGAUUUGGUACGGUCCAAUAAAAAAUAAAGGCUAAAUCAUGGCUGUGAUACUAAAAGUCUUAGUUUAGUUUAGUUUAGUUUAAUUGAGACAGGGACAGUGCACAAUACACAUUAACCUUAACAGUAAAGAUGAAUUGUACCAGGUUAAAGCACCAGUGCUUAUUUCCACCUGUCGUCCCUGGGCAGGUUGAUGUUAUAGUUCAUAAAAUCAAACAUACAAAAAGAAUGUCUUUAUAAUGUCCAGAGCGUCAUAACAAUUCUGUAUCAUCAUUCACUCCCAGUUCUCUCAGCAUCUUAAAAACAUCAUCCUUAUCAAAAGUAGGGGUGUGCAAAAAUAUUGAAAUAUCAUUAUAUCGUAUCGUUUAAUGUGAUGAUACAGUAUCGAUAUCGUGGACUGCUGUAUCGAUAUAUCGCCAAGAGUAUUUUUUUUUGGUAUAUUUUACUCAAUUAUUUUGUUACGGCGCUACAGUUUUGCUGCUUGUGUAGAGGAAGGAAACUCGUUUAUGUGACACAUUUGACAUUUUCACAGUUUUGAUGAUUAAAAUGUUUGUAUUUCAUAUUAAGUUUGCACAAGAAGUGGUUUAAGAAAGACUUUUAGUAGCACAACCAUGAUUUAGUCUUUUUUUUUUUUUUUUUUUAAUCAAACUGUAUCUAAUUGAUUUGAAAUAUAUUAUAUUGAAACGAAAGUGCACUGUAUCGAGAUAUGUAUCGUAUUCUGACCUAUGUAUCGAGGUAUGUAUCGUAUCGGCAACUUCUUAAUGAUACCCAGCAAUAAUCAAAAGCAUCAUUCAUUUCAUUCACUUCAGAGCAUCACCCUGUUAAACCACACCUUGCGAAGUGAAUAUGAAACCCACCUGUUUUACUCAUCAAAACAACAGAUAUGUCAAAUGUGCUGCAAAAACAAGUUUCCUUCCACUAAACAAGCAACAAAACUGUAGCGCUGUAAGAAAAUAAUUUAGUAAAAUAUACCAAAAAAUACUCUUGGCGAUAUAUCGAUACAGCAGCCCACGAUAUCGAUACUGUAUCAUAUCACAUUAAAGAAUACUAUAUAUCGAUACUUUGAUGUUAUUUUUGCACACCCCUGCUGUGAAACAUUCCAGACAAAGCAAUAAUAUCUCCAUAUAUAAAAGCAUUUGACGGACCUUCUGCCAGAAAAGUUACACAAUGCACCUUUAAAGCAGAAUGAGACAAGUACAGUUUGGUCUGUUGAUCUCUGCGGUAUCCAUGGUUACAGUACCCCACAUCACCAACCCCCUCCUCACAUCUUGACUAAAAUGCUGCUUUAAAUAAUUUUAGCUGUUACACUUUCCAACCAUUGAAUUUUUAAAAACGAGCCUGUGUGGUUGUUACACUGUAAAUUUCACUUUUACUCACUUGUUUUUUUUUAAAGUUCACUUCCUUUCUGCUGCUCUGACUUCUGCACUGCUUCCUUCCUCUUUUCACUGAAAAAACAUCCCCCCCUAGUGGUCGCUGUCAGGAGCUUCACGUCGUCCUCAUUAUUUACAGCUAUUGUGAAUGUGUUUACUGUUUUCUUUUAUUUUGAUGAGUUUAUGUGAGAAUAUGAUGUUACCCCAACAAGCCAAAUGAUAAAAAUUUCAGAUGUUUUUUAAUAAAUAUUCUAUGCAAAAUUAAAUUAAAACAUGGCCCAGCACAAACAAUAAAAUCUGCUGUGAAAAUAUA